AUGGUCCUCAUCAAAGCAACAUUCGCGUCCGCUUUUGUCUCCUUGGUGGCAUGUGCCACUGCUGUGGAAGUGCCUAAGACCGAUUACGAUGUCAUCGUGGUCGGCGGUGGCCCUGCGGGUCUGAGUGCACUCAGCGGUGUCUCUCGUGUCCGCCGAACAGCUCUCUUGAUUGAUAGCCAGGAGUACCGCAAUGCCCCGACCAGGGAAAUGCACGAUGUCAUUGGAAACGAUGGUACACCCCCUGCUACUUUCAGAGGUCUAGCUCGCGCGCAGAUCGAGAAGUAUCCAACUGCUCACUUUACCAAUGAAACCGUGGAUUCCAUCGUUCCUUUCCCACAGGGGGAUUUCUCUGCCUUUACAGUGACCACCAAAGACAAGAACUACACUGCCCGUAAAAUUGUGCUCGGUACCGGUGUCCGUGACGUUCUACCCGCGACUCCUGGCCUUCAGGCGGGAUGGGGUCACGGUAUCUUCUGGUGUCCGUGGUGCGAUGGCUACGAGCACAGGGACCAGCCCUUUGGAAUGAUCGGUGAUAUCACCGAUAUGCUGGGUAAUGUGUUGGAAACCCACACUUUGUACAGCGAUAUCAUCGCGUUUGUGAACGGCUCGCAGACCGCGGAUGGCGAAGCCCGGGCAACGGCAAAGGUCGAAGACUGGAAGGAACAACUUGCCGCUUGGAACACUACCAUCGACAACCGCACAAUCUCUUCCAUUGAGCGCCUGCAGGAUGGCGGCGAUGGCAGGGGCGAGGACGGUGAGCAGUUUGACAAGUUUCGCCUUCACUUCACUACCGGCGAGCCUGUCGAGCGGAAUGCAUUGAUUGUCAACUUCCCAACUGUCCAGACUUCGACACUUCCAGCCAAGAUGCACCUGACCUUGGUUGAUAAUAAGAUCAAUGUUACUAGCGCGAUGCGUACCAGCGAGUCUGGUGUCUUUGCCAUAGGCGAUGCGAACAGCGAUGGCAGCACCAAUGUCCCGCAUGCAAUGUACACUGGCAAGAAAGCCGCUGUUUAUUUACACGUGGAAAUGUCGCGUGAAGAGUCGGAAUCUAAGGUCUCCAAGCGUACCGGACUCUCUCACCGUGAGCUCGAGGAGGAGGCCAUUAACGCAAUUGGCAACAACCUUGACGCAGAAUGGAAGCGCGCUCAGGAGUAA